AUGUAUGGGCAGGUGGAGGAACCUCUGAGCCUGCAGGAGAAGCUAUAUGGACAGGUGGAGGAACCUGUUAGCCUGCAGGCGAAGGUGUACGGAGAGGCGGAGGAACUUGAAAGCCUGCAGGAGAAGGUCAACGUAGAGGUGAAUGAACUUGUGAGCCUGCAGGAGAAGCUGUAUGGACAGGUAGAGGAACCUGUAAGCCUGCAGGAGAAGAUGUAUGGACAGGUGGAAGAACCUGAACCUGCGAGCCUGCAGGAAAAGCUAUAUGGGCAGGUGGAGGAACCUGUUAACCUGCAGGCGAAGGUGUACGGAGAGACGGAGGAACUUGAGAGCCUGCAGGAGGUGUACGGAGAGGUGGAUGAACAUGUGAGCCUGCAGGAGAAGCUGUACGGACAGGUGGAGAAACCAGUGAGCCUGCAGAAGAAGCUGUAUAGACAGGUGGAGGAACCUGUGAGCCUACAGGAGAAGCUGUAUGUACAGGUAGAGGAAACUGUUAGCCUACAGGAGAAUCAGUUUGCACAGGUGGAAGAACUUGUUCGCCUGCAGGAGAAGCUAUAUGGACAGGUGGAAGAACCUGUGGAGGAACCUGUGAGCCUGCAGGAGAAGCUGUAUGGAAAGGUGGAGGAACAUGUUAGCCUGCAGAAGAAGCUAUUUGGACAGGUGGAGGAACAUGUUAGGCUGCAGGAGAAGCUGUAUAGACAGGAAGAGAAACAUAUGAGCCUAAAGAAGAAACAAUAUGGACAGUUUGAGGAACCUGUUUGCCUGCAGGAGAAGCUGUAUAGACUGGUAGAGGAACCUGUGAGUCUGCAUGUGAAGCUGAAUAGACAGGUGGAAGAACCUAUUAGCCUGCAGGAUAAGCUCCUGCAGGAGAAGUUGUAUAGUCAGGUGGAGGAACAUGUGAGCCUGCAGAAGAAGCUGUAUGGACAGGUGGAGGAACCUGUUAGCCUGCAUGAGAAGCUGUAUAGACAGGUUGAGGAACCUAUUAGCCUGCAGGAGAAGCUGUAUAGACAGGUGGCUGAACCUGUUAGCCUGCAGGAGAAGCUGUCUGUACAGGCGGAGGAACCUGUGAUCCCACAGGAACAGCUGUAUCGACAGGUGGACGAACCUGUUAGCCUGCAGGAGAAGCUGUAUGUACAGGUGGAGGAACAUUUAAGUCUACAGGACAAGAUGUAUGGACAGAUGGAGGAACCUGUGGAGGAACCUGUUAGCCUGCAGGCGAAGGUGUACGGAGAGGCGGAGGAACUUGAUAGCCGGCAGGACAAGCUGUACGUAAAAGUGAAUGAACAUGUGAGCCUGCAGGAGAAGCUGUAUGGACAGGUAGAGGAACCUGUAAGCCUGCAGGAGAAGAUGUAUGGACAGGUGGAAGAACCUGUAAGCCCGCAGGAGAUGUAUGGACAGGUGGAGGAACCUGUGAGCAUACAGGAGGAGCUAUAUGGACAGGUGGAGGAACCGGUUAGCCUGCAGGCGAAGGAGGAGGUUUACGUAGAGGUGAAUGAACAUGUGAGCAUGCAGGAGAAGCUGUAUGGACAGGUAGAGGAACCUGUAAGCCUGCAGGAAAAGAUGUAUGGACAGGUGGAAGAACCUGUAGAGGAACCUGUGAGCCUACAGAAGAAGCUGUAUGUACAGGUGGAGGAACCUGUUAGCCUACAGGAGAAUCAGUUUGCACAGGUGGAAGAACCUGUUAGCCUGCAGGAGAAGCUAUUUGCACAGGUGGAAGAACCUGUGAGACUACAGGGGCAGCUGUACGGAUAUGUGGAGAAACCUGUUAGCCUGCAGGAGAAGCUCCUGCAGGAGAAGCUGUUUGCACAGGUGGAGGAACCAGUGAGCCUGCAGGAGAAGCUGUAUGGACAGGUGGAGAAACCUAUUAGCCUGCAGGAGAAGCUGUAUAGACAGGUGGAUGAACCUGUUAGCAUACAGGAGAAGCUGUUUGUACAGGUGGAGGAACCUGUGAUCCCACAGGAACAGCUGUAUCGACAGGUGGAUGAAUCUGUUAGCCUGCAGGAGAAGCUGUAUGGACAGGUGGAGGAACAUGUAAGCCUGCAGGAGAAGCUUAUAGACAGACAGGAGGAGGAACCUGUUAGCCUGCAGGAGCUGUAUGGACAGGUGGAGAAACCUGAGAAGCUGUAUAGACAGGUGGAGGAACCUGUUAGCCUGCAGGAGAAGCUGUAUAAACAGGUGGAGGAACCUGUGAGCCUUCAGAAGAAGCUGUAUAGACAGGUGAAGGAACCUGUGAGCCUGCAGGAGAAGCUGUAUAAACAGGUGGAGGAACCUGUGAGCCUUCAGAAGAAGCUGUAUGGACAGGUGGAGGAACCUGCUAGCACGCAGGAGAAGCUUUAUGGACAGGUGGAGGAAUCUGUGAGCUUGCAGGAGAAGCUGUAUAAACAGGUGGAGGAAACUGUGAGCCUUCAGAAGAAGCUGUAUAGACAGGUGGGGGAACAUGUAAGCCUGCAGGAGAAGCUGUAUAGACAGGUGGAGGAACCUAUAAGCCUGCAGGAGAAGCUGUAUAGACAGGUGGAGGAACGAGUGAGCCUGCAGGAGAAGUUGUAUAGACAGGUGGAGGAAGCUGUUAGCCUGCAGGAAAAGCUGUAUAGACAGGUGGAGGAACCUAUAAGCCUGCAGCAGAAGCUGUAUUGA